AUGUCUAAUCUUGAAAAAUUAACACAGCUAGCGGAAAAGCUAGGAAUUAAGCCUGGAAAUAAAAUGGCCUUUGUAAAGGAACAGCAGGCUGAAGAGAAUGUUAGAAAAGCUACGGAGAAAGCUGAAGAGAAUGUUAGAAAAGCUACGGAGAAAGCUGAAGAGAAUGUUAGAAAAGCUACGGAGAAAGCUGAAGAGAAUGUUAGAAAAGCUACGGAGAAAGCUAAAGAGAAUGUUAGAAAAGCUACGGAGAAAUCUGAAGAGAAUGUUAGAAAAGCUAAGGAGAAAUCUGAAGAGAAUGUUAGAAAAGCUAAGGAGAAGGCUGCUGAGGACAAGGAAAGAGAUAAAGGAAAAAAGAGAAACUGCAGCUUCAGAAAGAAGCAGACAAAAAUAGCAGAAGCAGUAGAAAGAAAGUUAAAACAAGAGAGCUUAAGAGAAUGGCAAUAG